AUGCAUCCAGAUCGCCUUCUUCCAGGUCGGAAGGCGAACGAAGAUGCUGGUGAGGAGGAGGAGGAGGAGGAGGAGGAGGUAGUGUUUUGUGCAGGUUUGCAGAAGGAGGAGGCCGUUGCAUGGGAACGAAGCACCCAGCUCCAGACAGCGUGGUCCGUCUGGACGCGAGCACUAAAGUCACCAAGGACAACCAGCUAGUCCUCCUUGGGUAUAGUUGUCAGGAGGGCCUGCAGUUCCUCGUAGAAUUUGUUUUUUGUCCCGUUGGAGCCGGUCAUUAGAAGGCGUAGGCACUGAUGAUGGUGGCAAAUUUGGCUCCCGGAAGAGGCAGACACAGGCUCCUGAAACGAUCGUGGAUGUUCUGUGACAGACUGGAUAGUUAUUCUCCAAUGUCGCUCCGGAUGGCAAAGGUGACGCCAUCGCUCUGUCUUUGAGCGGCCGCCCUAGAAAACGAUGUAGCCAGUACCCAACUCUUCCAAUUGGUCUUGUUCGGAGUAGCUGGUCUCACUGAGAGCAGCGUUGCCCACCCUGUAGCGCGCUAUUUUUCGAGCGACUAGCCCUGUCCUCCUUUCCGACCGGUUGUUUUGUGGAUUGCCUAAAUGAGAAUAAACACUGCAUGUACGAGUUUCGGUAUACUUAUGGAUGACGUAGAUCCCGCAUUUUUUAGAGCGCUUUUUAGCUCCUUCCCCGCGAGGGAGUGAGCAGUGCUACCCCCAAACAGAGCUGUUGAGACAUCCCAGACGGCUGCAGAACUCAACUGCGGGUCACAUCUUGGUUUAGUGGAGAGCGAUCUGAAUUGGCCUGGGCCAUCUACGAGAUUGCAUGUCGCCCUCUCCACAGGACUUUUCGGAUGUGUGGGGGGCGGCAGGAGGGGGAGUGGGAAGGGGAACAGAAUCAGAUGGUUUGGAAACACAAAAAAACAUCGGAUGCUACGGUAGAGGGAAGCUCACCGAUCGUUUCUACGGGACUCACUCGUCCCGUUGUGCCUUACGGGCUCUCUCUCUCCCUCGAGCCCAACCAACAGCCGCACAGCACCGCAUGAUAUAGGCAGAAUGGUAUUACCAACAAAGACAAGGGAGACUGGGAUGGCCAUUUCUGGCUUAUUAGCUGUCGUCAGCCAGUCGUACCCAAACUCCGAAUUUCGGAACACCCUGGCUCUAUCCCGCGGAUACCCUCAUCUGAUUUGACCCGUCGGUGUGACCGCUUAGCAGAGCCUAGCUUCGGGGAGCCACGGAUGAGAUUUGGGUGCCCGUUGUUAACCGCGCGGCAGCCAUCACCUGCAUGAGGCACAUGGUGCGACCUAUAAGGCUUGCCCUCUGACUAGACGACCCUAAAGCCCACCACCAGACCAAGAAUCACGUGGCGACCGCUUCUGGUGAACAAAUUUCGAACGCAUUCAGCCCCCUGGGAGGUCAAACGGACAUUGACAGGCUAUAAUCAUGUUAGACGUGUCAUCGGUCAUUCGCGCCAAAAUCACCUUUGAGUGAGUUUGUGUGCAACCAUCCUAGGCCAUUUUAUAUACCAUGGAUUCCAAAUGUAAUUAGCUGAUUUCAAAUUUCGUAUUUUGGGAAUGGGAGGCAGGCGUCAUGGAAACCAGCAAUAAUAGGCGGAGUUUUUUUAAAUAUGAAAAAAUAUUGCAAGAUGUUAAAGGUAGAAUGAGAGAAUAGUGAGAGAUAACAACGAACAUUGGAUAGAUCGCCUUGCGAACACAUCGCUUAAAAAGGCAGCGAUGUCAUCAGUCGGAGCAGGGGAUGACAAAAAGGUUGAACGAAUAGCAUUGAUGCGGUCUCAAGAGGGGCAUAUAGUUCAGACUUUCAUCUGGCCUCGCAAACCGCCACCAGUACCUUGGUCAACCAUUCAUUACGUGAGGGGACUUGGAUUGGUGGGUUAGGGUUCACCAAUGACUUCAGUUGCCGCAUUGCGGUUAGGCAGCAGGCGGGAAAGUUGGGGGAGCCACUAAUGAGCCGAACUACUCGCAGCUGCGUCAGGCAGCGGCAGAAGAUCGGCGAAACAGGCGCGUCCGAGCUUUAAGCUAGUACCUGUGUUGUCAGUAUGGUCAGUAUGCUCCCCUGUCAUUUUUCCUGCUUAGCUAAAAAGGGAUCUUUUAAUUUUGAAACGAGUCCUUCGAAUGCUCUCUUCUGCCGCUGGUAUUUCUUAUCUUUUUUAGUCGAGACUAUCCUACAACGACAUUUCAAUACGUUCAAGCAAUUUGCUGGUCGGAUUAUAGAUGACGUUACCCAUCCCUUGCAUUUUGAUCUUAUUUCUGCGAAGUCUUCCCGCCCGAUGCGCCGCAGCUUCCGACUUAUAUCCUGUUGCACAUCGGCUUAUCGAGAUUCUGUAUUGCCAUUCCUAGCGCGCUAUCUUACGUGCGAAGAGUCAGAAAUACAGAAGCUAAGACUUGAACUAUCCCCAUAAUAAUCGUAUCUUUGACUCUUGAAUAAUCUCUUACUUAUUUACUGCCCACAGUGAAUGGAGCCAAUUUUUUUGCUGAAAAUUUUGAACUUACGAUUUCAAAAUAAAGCGAAUUUCUCUCUCUCUCUCCCUCUAAUUACAUAAUUGCUGUCUGUUGUGUACCCUUCCAUUUAUGGGUCCAGUCCGGCACCCGGGUGUUCAGACUUCGUGCAACAUAUGGACUAACCGGCACGGAUAUGAACGGGUACGUCGUUUUAGGUGUUGUUGAUGGAGAUCGCCAACUGCAGAGAUAUAUUUGGCCUUGACAACUGAUGAGUAGGAUGCGUAGCUUUAUCACUCACCCAAACUCGCAUGCUUUUUAAGUGCAGGAAAGCGGGGUCACUUCGGACCAAGAGCGAACAUGCGUUGAGUCACGCCUAGAUUUAGGAGAAUAUUUUAUCAGAAAGUGAGUCCUAUAUCCUAUCCUGUUCCAUUGACUUAGUCCUACGGCCUUAGCAAGGUGGGAAUGGGGGAGGAGAAGAAGAAGAAAGUGAGGGGGAGUGGGAGGGGGAGGGGGAGAAGGAGGGGGAAUAGGAGGGGGAACUACGAGGAGGAGUGAGAGGUUAAUGCUGCAUCACUUCCACCAGAAAAGUUUCUCUUUAUAGAUAAGGGCUACAGGUGGACGAAGUACUAUCUAUAAAAGGGCAAAAAAGUGAUUUCAAAAGCUCUUUUAUAUUUCGAGCAAACAGGUAUAAGUAGCAGCUACAACGGCGAGAUACUCCCACUUUACAAAAUACGCCCUUUUUUGAACUGACGGCCUUUUUCCCCAGAGACAUCCGGCACAAGCACUUUCCAGGAAAGCUCGAUGGGCAAAUUAUAUGAGGUUCUACUAAGCGCAGCACGGUUAGACUAGAUUUGUGAAUACUGACUCUUUGGAUUACCAGCUGAUGAGGUCCAUCAAAGUCAGCAGACCUUUUUUGUCAUUAUUCUAGACAACCAGCAUGCUUUCGUCUGAAUUAGUUUCUAACACGGAUUCAUUUUGUGCGCGCAAAAGGUUGUGUACCAACUUCAUUUUGUUGGACUUUGUCACUGUCAUGCUGGAGCGCCGCAAUAUGCGAGAGAAAUGCUAAUUCUUGCGGUCAGAAACGACUGUAAUUUCCCGAUGCUCCAGUGCGGUUUUUUUAUGACUGACCACCACUUUUGGCCUCAUAAAUUAAGUUAACUCGAUUUCCAGGAAAAAACGUAUGUUUGCCUGACAUUUCCAAGUCAUGCUAGAGUUCAUUCUUGAAGAUGGAAUAUCUUUCCAAGUUGACCGGUUGAUUCUAUCGAAUUUGUCCAAUCCAGUCAUUCAGAACUCGCUAUUACAGACGCCUGCUGAUACAAAGAGGAUCAGUUUUGGCAAAAUUAACUCCAAAUUUGACAAAGGAUCUCCUCAUUGCAAUGAUAGAGGAGCGUUCACUGAUCGCGCUACGAAACUAACUAGUUCCGUCAUGCUUUGGAGCUCUCAUUCGAACCCCGUCAGCAGCCACAUAGUAGCCGCGCCCCCCUAUAAUUGUUUAUAUUAGCCAAUCGCAAUCCUCAGGACAACGACCCCAUGGACAAUGGUUAGGGCGUUGGACUUCUGACCAACAGGUCGCGAGUUUGAACCUCGGGGGUUGCUUACUUCGGGGUUUGGUACGACUAACACACCAGAAAUAGCUACACCAGUCAUGCUAUCCUAUCUGUUAGGUACUGUACGACUGACAUAAGUACAGUUCGUGUGCUAACUCAUGAAAUGUUAACUACAAUUAUGAAAGGCGUUUUCGUUUAGAAAAGGUUAAUUAUGUAGCGUUGUAAAACUAAUCAUCUCGCAGCAUAAUUCUAUAAUAAUCCAGUUAACUCGGGAUGCCGGCUUUAGAACGAACUUUUUUCCGGCUGCAUGCAAAAACCACGCUCUGUAGAAAAUGACUGCUAAAGUAAAGUGAAUGUUUCGCAUUGAUUUUCGAUGUCCUUAAAAAUUGAAUUAUAUUUCAUGGAGAACAAAAAUAAAAAUGUUCGUUAUUUUACUCAUUCGGCAGAAAACUUCGUUUUAUUUCAAUUUUAUACUCAAAGGAGGGGUAUAAUUCGGGUUUAAAAGAGUUUCUUAUUGUGAGAUUUUUUAAUACCGUGAAAUGGCCGUUCAUAAAACGUCAUGUAUUUGCAUUUACCAAUACGGCUUGUAAAGUUACCAGUAUGCCUCAAACCCACUGCUAAAUUUUAUGAACCUCGUAUGAUCUUCUCUAAAUGCCCUUUACGCGGAAAGCAAACGGCUUGUAGUUUGGAAACUCUGAAUGCAAGAGUAACGGCAGACCGGGUUCAAAUUAUUCGGGAAUUGGGAAAGUUUUUGAAAACCAAAUUAUAACCUCUCAUCGAGUAUAGAAAUAGAAGAAAAUGCAAUUUUCUACCGAAUGAGUAAAAGAAUAAAUAUUUUUAUGCCUGUUUUCCAUGAACUAUAAUUGAAUUUUUAAGAGCAUGGAAAAUCAACGAGAAACAUACCUGACACUGGAGAAGCCAUUCUUUACAGAGUGUAGUUUUUUCAUGCAGUUGGAAAGAAGUUCCUUCAAAGCCGGCAUCCUGAGGAAACUGAAUUAUUAUAAAAUUAUUCUGUACGAUGAUUAAUUUUACAACCGUACUUAAUUAAUCUUUUCGAAACGAAAACGUAUUUUGGAAUUUCGGCUAACAUUUCAUGAGUUAGCACACUUUCUAUAUGAACCCAAUCAAAACUUCACCAUUAUCUUGCGGUGACGAAUAAUCUUUUGUUUGCAUUCCGAAAUGAAUGGUAUGGGAAGGCUGAUCGUAUGGUUAGGGAAAUAUAUUCAGAGCAUUCUAGCCGGUAAUGGAGAGGCUAGUAUAUGUAACAGCAAUAAAAUAAUGUACCAAGAUGAGAAACUGCUGAAAACAUAUUGAGAGUCACCACUAUAGACAGCAAAUGGGAGGUAUUGCGGAAAAUUGCGUCCAUAGAGAGAUUACCAAAAGAGGGGAUAUUGAACAAUUCCCAGCAGUGCUUGUUUCAUGAUGAACAUGAACUUAAGGCUUUAGAAAAUGUCUAAGCCAUCUGGUAGUGGAUUUUAACCACACUUCAUGUUGUUCAAAGGCAUCUGCGAGCGUAGACAGUAGACAACGCUGACUAGUCAAAAUAGGCAACAGAUGUAAUUCAGAUGCACACAAUCGGCUUCCUUAGUUAAGGCUGAAAAGUAUUCAGGCGUGAAGACAGAGGGGGAAAACUGGGGCUUAUCUUCGAAACUUGGCAACGAUUGGGUGUAGGACCCAAAACCUACUUGAGCUAGCCUGUGAACCGUGGCAUACGUUGAAUGGUGGUAUAGGGGUUUUACGGGUAUGGCAAAACAUAGGCAAGAAGACACAGAUACUAGAUAAAUUCCUGUCGAAAGUCUUAUUGUACGCUGCCAUUUCGCAAGGAAAGUGAACGCGAUAAUGACGUAAUAAACAAAAAGCAAUUUUCAAAAGAUGACGGACUGAAUAAAGCGCCGCUGUCAAGUUGACAUUUAGUCAGGAAUGGAAGGAAAUUUCAAACAAUGGGAACUGUAAAUAAAAAGUGAUGUUUACAGUUACACUGAAUUGUAGGACAUAUUUUUGAAGUUGUCACCUACUUGUGGGUCCUACACCCUAUCGCUAUCCAAAAAUUUUAUCGAAUGUUCAAUGUCGCAAUAACGGCGUGUAGAGCCCUUCACCGACACCUCAUGAAGUGUGACCCCAGCCUUCGAUUGACCGACACGUCGAUUGUUUAUUUUGUGGCAACUAUCGUACCUGAGGAUGGAUAUCAGCAGAACUUUGAGUGCUAAGACGAACAUUAACCUACGUUUUCUGCGCUGCACACGUCCUCCUUUCUUUUACUUCAACCAGUGCCUGGUUCUCCGCUAGUAAGCUCUGUUCGUCGCAGCCUAAUCGAAACGUCUCAAAUUACAUAAUUUGCACCCCCGCCCCCAAAUUUUCAUCAGCAUGCAGGCGCUUUACCCUGAAACGUCCCUUCAAUGUGCAGCGAUCAUGCGUGCUUAGAUGGUUAAGGCCGUUCUUUUUUAUCUUAAGCGAAGCCAGUGCUGUGCGAUAAUGGCUGUCGCGCGUGCACAGGACGAAUAUUUCAAAACAAAGUAGGCCGGUCUCCUGAAAGUACACUGCAACCCCACAACACAUCUCUCAUCACCAGACUGAUGGACUGCAGUCUCAGAACAGUCAGUCACCGGCUGCAAUAUACACAGCGGAGAAGUGAGCUCAAACAAUAAACUUGGCCGCUGUAACACCUCUGCUCUAAGAAUCCUAUCUGGUUCAGGUUUGUUGAUCAUUGAGACUGGUGUGCCGUGAUGGAGGAAAGAGCAACGUUUACUUGCCAGCCUUCCUGAAAAGUGUAGCGUCCAGUGGGCCAGAAAUGGAUGGUCUGCAUUCUAAAUGUGUACAAACAGCGUUAAAGUACCCCGAGUGAGGUGGGAUCUAACUUUUGUUCUAGAGAACUGCAAGGUUGCGCCACAACUCUGAGACUAUUUCGCAGCAGCAUAAGCCAUGGGGAGACCCCAGUCACUACGAUCAUCAGACCCAGUUCCGAACAGCGAGAGAAGAAGUGGGACGCCAUUUGGAAGGAUGUUGUAUUCUGUACAGAACUAUUAGAGAGGAGGUUGGUAGGAGUUGACAAUUGGACGAGAGCACACCCCACGCGGCGAAAGCAGCGCCCGCCAUUGUGAGACAGUGGGGCAGUUAUCCAGAGCCGUCAGCGAGGUCAUGUCUGAGCCAGUGUCGAAGAUGAUUGGUCAGUUUGGACAGCCGGCAUUGGCCGAGAACCAGACUGCGAUUGGUGCGCACGAACAAAUAGCCGAUAGAGGCUCAGCGUUCCAACAUGCGCCAGGAGUUUGGCCACUACAAAUACCACAGAACCUUAGUCCGAGUCAUUUGCUGUUUUUUUAUCCGCCGUUAAGACCUAAGGACAGCGUCUUUUAAUGUGUAAAACUGGUGCUGAAAUCGAAUGCCUUUAUAAUGCACCAGGGACUGAGCAGAUUGAUUAACUGAAGUGAGAGACUUAGGCGCGAACCCAGGAUGGGGACGGUGUGAUAGUGUCAGGAAGAUGCCGGUGCUCCUUCCAUUCUGAGCUUCUGACCCUCGCCUCUACAAUUACCGUCGGCGUGAUGAUUACCAACGCUGUUCAGUAUUCUCACGAAUCAAGAAUCGACGCCUGAUGUUUGCGGAUGUACUUUCUAUUGUCCAGAAUAAGGUGUUGGAACUCGGCUGCCUCAUUUAUUGUAGCCACUGCCGAGGUCUGUACUUUGCUUUUUCUUUAUUAUUUGUAAGUAAUGCCGUACAGAACCCAGCUCCGAUUUCGUUUUGAUCUGAUGUACGCGUUACUCUAAGGCACUGAAUUGAUAGAUACACCCAUGUUAGCAAUAAUUUACUUGCUGGAUAGGUUUCUGGAGUUUAGCGGUCUGCAUAUAUCGCCGCCAAGUCUAACCGGCCAAAAAGGGCUCAGUGUGGGUUUUGUCUUCAGGGAUCUCUGUUUGUAAGCCAUUCAGGAGAUCUAUUAAGCCCUACAACUAGGUGCUCGCAAACGGAGUGGUGCGUUGCGGGAAUGUGAAGAGAGGGGGCGGUUAGAGUGGCGGACAAAGUAACAGUAAAUGAAGAAUUUGAGGGAAUUUGCAAGUGCUUGUGUGACAAGGAAUAAAGAACCGUUCUCUAUUUUGGGGAAGGAAUAGCAUUUGUCCAUCUGAAAUGUGGCCUACCCUACAAGAUGGCACAACAAGAAGAGAUGCGCCUACUCAAUCAGAUUUUUAUUUUUUUUAAUAAAUGAGUCAUUAUUGCUUCUUAAUGUCCUCAUAAAUUAACCGUGAACUUGGAGUAGAUUAGUACAUACUAAUGUCUACAGACGCAAACCGAAAUGUGAUGUAUGAAUAUUUAGGCCGAAAUCCAUCAGCCACGACGGGAUGUUUAUUAUAUUACUGUGGUAAUUGAAGGUCUCAAAAAUGCCUGCACAACCGUAGUCCUUUAUUCUGAGGUUCUGUGACGAAACAAAGUAUGCUUGUAUCUACGUUUUGUUGUAUACUUGAUGGCCAGAUGGUCUAAUGAUUUUCUGAUUAUCAUGCCGUGGAUAGAACCAGAAGUGUAAAUUCCUAGACGGAAAACAGCAUCGCCAUAACCUUUUGCGUUACUAACAUCAUAGAUACUGUAGGUGGCCUAACUCAUGGAAGAUACGUCAGUUCAUGAAUAUUCCCUACUAACUUGUGCAACAGCCAAAAUGCACCGGCCAAAACACCCAUUUGAAAUGAGCCACCUUCAAUUAACGAAAGCUCAAAAGCAGCAUCAGAAAGCAUACUACACUGAUUCAAAACAAUCAUUUUUUCAGAAAAAAUUCAAAAGUUCUUAUGGAAUGAGGAAUUUCUGUUUGUGCAACCACAUAGUGUGCCCCUCUGUAAAUAGCCAAAUGAAUAAGACGGCACAAGCAAAAUGAUAUUUCGGAAUUCGGUCAGAUAAUUUUCCUCCUUGCAAUGUUAUAGAUGGUGUUUUUGUGGACGGAACUCACCUUGUUUGGUUUUCUGGGUGGGGACUGCAUCCUCUCCCGCCUCCGGUCUUCCUGACAAUGUCUCGACGCCGGGCUCAGGAGGGAGAGGAGGAGGAGGAGAAGAAAGUGUGGUAGGUGCUGCGCAAGUCCACUAUCAUUAUAAACUAAAUGGCGCUCAAUUCACCGUCCCUGCUCGCACCCUGCUGUGGAGCUACCGGUGGGCAUCGUCGAUCACAACGGUCCAACUCUCGGGUGGAGACGUCAAAGGAAUAAAGUUUUUUACAGGAGCAUAUAUAAACAGACUGGAGAGCAAAUAACAGGUGCGAAUGCAGCUUGCAGAUGCAUGCACUAGUGUGUCAUUUUCAUUGUUUGAAGGCAGUUUGUGUUCCGUAAAAUUACUAUGCACUUUUUGGUAACGGGGAGAUCGCGGAAUGUCGUUGCAAUGUUAGUGGGCAAUUUGAGGCUUCCAGUGUUCACAAUCGAUUGCCCGAAAAGAUUUUCUGUACUUCGUGGUUAUUAAACCAUUCAAAAUAAAACCGCCUCUGGGGAUCUUACUUAUUUAUCUUGUUUACGGACAUUUUUUUCAGAUGGACUUUAGGUCAUAUUCAUUGGCACACUUAAGCAUGAAACCCAGUCACUGAAUGAAGGCCUACGAUGAAUAUGCUUUUGAAUGAACGGAAAACCUUUAGCAAGCUGUUCCAUUUGAGGCUGUCUGUUGCAGAUGAAUACGGGAUCUGUACUGAUGAUUUUUCUAGCAUGAUUCUCUGCAGAAUCUUCUGAAUAUGAAAAAGGAUACGUGGUGAGCGCGUAAAUAUCGAAGUAGGUUUUAUGACUGUCCGGCCGGUGAGGAUAGAGAGCAUCGCCACUGCCCUUACGAGGUGACUUUCGUCGCAUCUUACUCGGUCUCUCUCUCUCUCCCUCUAUAAUUCGAUUGCAUGACAGGGUGAAGACUACCGACACUGCUAAACGGCCUAUCUACGUCUGUCAAACAGGACCUUGCGCCUUCUCACAUGUACCAGGCCUCAUUCAGAAGGGCCUCGGACAGCACAUAAGUAAAAGCACUAUAAUGGCCAGAAUAAGGAGACCUUACGGCCAGAACCUCAGUGCUAAGUAGGAUCGAGCUACUCUGUCCGUUUGCAGCCUUUCUGGACACGAGUGAUAGGCUGUUACAGUAGGUUCAGACGCAUCAAGCUUAGUACUAGUGAGGGAUGAACUGAUUUGUCCGGGGGUGGAUUCUUCCACAGUGUCGGUCUCCCUCGCCCGUGCGCCAACUGGCUAAUUGGACCUCUCAGCUAACUGUUGCUGGGACUGGACGUGGUGGCUGACGUGGGUGAAGACUCGGCAUCUAAGCAUACAUGUUGGUCUUCUGCUGCACAGGAACAGUCUCCUUCAGAGGACGCGCUUGUGGUGUAGGUGGAAUGUGCACUUUUACACAUACGACCUCUCGUCUGACUAAAGAGGGUUGGCCGAUUUGAACGAAAUGGGUGUUGUCUGGGUGAGGUGUGCUGCUGUGCGUAGUGCUGCCAGUGUGUAUUCGUUCGUGAUCGAGAAGGUCAGUGAAGAGUACAAGUGCAUUAUUGUGUGUGUGCGGUGAGGUGGCGUGGGGAAGAACUGGGCUGUGCUGUUUUACUGAUCAAUGCCGCGCACGCGCAUAUGAUAGAAUAGGCCAACGUGGUGGCUGAAUACGUGGAUGCAGUGUGCGCAGGAAGUGGGGUGUGUGUGGCGGAUGUUGGUCGGGGCUCCAGGAGGUGGUUCUCUGGUCACAUUAAUAUGGAUUGGCAGGUGCCUGUUCAGGCCGUCGAGUGAUUUCAAUGCAAGAUCGCAGUGAAAACAAUUUGGAACUGAAUCAGCAUUGCUGGCAGCUGGCCUCUGUGCCCUGGUGGUACCACCAUAUUGGUCUCAAAGACGGUGUCCGAUCAAGGCAAACCAGAAUAAGGGCGUGGUGUUUCAGCUGACACGGGCGAUCAGGACAUCCUAAGUGAGGAUCCUGAUGGUGUUGGGAUGUGUGGACGGAGGAUAAGUCAUGCUGAAAUUGCAACGAACCUUGUCUGAGAGCAGCCGUAGCGACGUCAACACAAAAUAGUUUCUUAGACAAUCGCUCGUCGACUGUCCUCGCGACGUGGCCGUCUCACAACCGUUACACAUGCCUAAACAUGAAGCAACUACCGUUCUUUCCAAUACCUUGUUGUCCGGGAUUAUCUCUUCCUAGUUCGCCCGGAAUAUUAUCCAGAAGCAGUUAGCAUAAAAGUGAUGUAAUGUUCCUGCCUAGCAUUAGCACAUUGUCCACGUAUCCGACCCCUAGAAGACCAUAUUUAGGCCGACUAUUCUCACUUUCGUGUGACAGAGGAUGCUGAGGUUACUUCAUAGUCCAUAGAAGGCCUAGCUCAUUUUGGACAUCUGACUUGCGAUUUCGUCUGCGACCUUGAUGAUUCCUGAGAAAAUAAUCCCCGGGUAGACGAAGUUGCCCGCAGCUCUGCGACGAGUUCCACUGGCACUUGGUCAGGGUUGGUUGUGAUUGUAAUUUGGAUCCAGUAGGCAUUGGAUUAUUACUUUCUCCGUGCUAAUGUUCAGUUCAAACGGUGGGCAACCAGAGACAAUAAGCUCCUCACUCAGCUGCACUUCCGCCUUCAAUACGUUCAACGCGCAGUUAUCAGCAAAUAUGGUGAUGAAGACACUGGCCUUGGACGCUCCGGAUAUUGUGUACUUGCCUGACGUUUUGGCAGCUGGUGUCGAUUCAGAACCACUCCCACGAGAUGCACCCAUCAACAUGGCGGAAAAUAUGAGACUACCAAGGCCGGAAGCGAGUACAGGACUAUAUUUCAUUCCAUCCGACACUGUAAAAACUUCCAAGACUGACACGCGUCAUCACCACCUCAUGCUGCCAACCGAUCGGCUCUAUCGGUUGUCCUCUCCACUCGGACUUUGGCAUGAUCCACACUAGGCCAUCGCGGUUAACUGUAUCAACGGCCCCUGUAAGAGCUAAGAAAGUGGCCCAGACGUUGCAUCGCAUUCUUCUGCAGCUUUCUUGCAGUUGUUCGGCCGCAAAGAUCAUGUUGGUGGCUUCAUAACUUUUCGGGAAUCCACAUGGCGUUUCUGGAAGAGAUCCCGCUUCAGAAAUGUAUCCAAUGCUGAAGAGAGACCUGCAGCAGUGGCUGCGCAGACGUGUCCGAUCCUAUUGCCUUUGCAUUGAUGGCCAGUUGUUGCGCCGUUGAAAUCUUGCAGAGGUUUUCUUUGUCUCCACACAUGCUGGAUCAGUGAGAUGAACUGGUCCAUGAGUAGAGGGUCACCGUAUUUAAAGGUGCUGACUGGAGGUGAGUCAACCUCCGGCACUUCUCCGUUCGAAAAUUUCUUUUGGUGUUCCAUUCGGGGAGGGGGGCGUUCGAGGUCCGCCUGGGGUAGCCGGCUGAUGACUUCCUCGUUGAAUGCAAAUUGGCGAAUGAAAACGCCCAACAGUGUUCGGAUCAACGUCCCAAAAUCUGCGACAGUGGGGCCACACUGCCUGAGGUGUGAGAGCAUGUAGACUGUUCUGGUGUUCACGAAGAAGUUUUCGAUCUCGCCCUUCUGCCUGCAUAUCCCUGGAUUUCUUCGACGUUGCAGGACACUCAUGCAUUUUGCACCUCCAGCCCCUCGUGCAGGCGGUUACGACAUCGGAAGAAUGUGGCUUUGGUAGCACGGUGGCACAGGUACUAGAUAAAAACCCAGACACGCGUGUUUCCUCGAUAUUAUGCCGCUGGACAACGCGACUGCGAGGGAUUCGGCUCAACAGUGGAUCCGCCAGCGUUCGCCCGUGUGGUUUUCUAGUAGAUAGAGUAGGUGUGCCAGUCACUGUGACAAUCGCAGUGGCAUCUCACUACUCAACAUCGCCGGGAACAUCUUUAGGUAAGAUCGCAGUUGGUAGCCGGACAUUAUACGUUGACACUGUCGACGUACGUACUUGUUAUCAGUAGGUGUGCUUACCUUGUCUAGGAAACUUGUUAUCAGUAGGUGUGCUCUUACUGAGUUAGGCAGGUGGCCCGUUUCGGUCAGGCUGUUGGGUUUAGUAAGGGUUAGGGUUAGGCGUAGGUUAAGUUUUAGGAUUAAGGUUUGCGUUUUAGAGUCAGGUUCCAGUGUCAGGGCUAGGGUUUAGGUUCCCCUUAGGGUUACGGUUAAGGUUAGGGUUAGGAUAAUGGCUAGGUUUUGGGUUAACGUUGGUUUUUAGGAUUUUGGUUACUUUUCGGUUUCGAGGCUUAAGGUUAGAGUUUACCGUUGCGCUUAGGGUCGGGUUUUAGGGUUAAGCGUAGGGUUUAAAUUUCUGCCAUUAUUCCACGUACUUAAAACUGCCCUGUACUUUCUCUGGUAACUUUACUUUUACCCAGAAGCUCCAGUAUUCCUUUACCAACCCUUCCAUUUAUCCCACCCAUAUAACCCCACUUCCCACCAUUCCCGUACGACAGGGACCUGGCUGUCCGCCUCCCCAUUCCUGGCUACGAACUGCGAUCAAACCCAUCUUUAAUCUAAUCGUCCUUAAUCACCUCAAUAGACACCUCGAGCAAGGACUUCUGGCGGAAACUCAGUGUGGCUUCCGACGACACUGGGGCACCACCGACGCUGUGUUUGCCGCUCGGCAGCUACAGAAUAAGUGCCAGGAGAUGCGAACCCACCUCUACACCGCCUUCGUAGACCUAACAAAAGCCAUCGGUGCGGUGAAUCGCGAAGGACUGUGAAAAACCUUGCAGAAAUUUGGCUGGCCUGAACGAUUUGCGCACAUGGCAUGUCAGCUCCACGAAUGGCUGGUAUCACGCGCCACCGACAGCGGCGCACUUUUCGAGGCAUUCGCAGUGACCAAUGGAGUGAAAGAGGGCUGCGUAUCGUUCCUAUCCUCCUCAGCCUCAUGUUCCUUACCAUGCUGAUGGACGCCUACCGUGCUGAGCGCUCCAGGAUACGCAUCGUCCACAGAACUGACAGGCAUCUUCUCAACAGCAGGCGCAUGCAAGCUUCAUCACGAAUGUCUACGACCGUUAAUCACGACCUGCUCUCCCUCGGCGACUGGGCGCUCAACACCACGGAGUUCCUCGCCGCCGACUGAGCCAACUUCGGACUGACCAUCAACACGGACAAAACGGUGGUCAAGCAACAAUCGUCACAAAACAUGCAACACAGCGUUACUCCUCAAAUCCAUGUUGACGGCAGCCAAUUCAAAAUCCUGGGCAACUUCGCUUAACUAGGAAGCGCGCUUUCUUGCCGCAGAAGAGUCGAUGAUGCAGUGGCCCAGCGGAUCUCCACAGCCAGCCAGACCUUCGGCCGGCUGCAGAAUACCGCGUGGCCUCUUAAUGAAUAUCAAACUGAAGAUUACAGGGCUGUCGUCUCGAAGACACUUCAAUACGGAGCGGAGACCUGAACCGUCUACUCCAGCCAUGCCGAGAAGCUCAACCACAUCCAUCUCAGCUGCCUUCGCAAAAUACUAGAGCUGAGAUGAGAAGGCAGGGUCCCCGACACGGAAUUCCUAGAACGGAGGGGGGCUCUCAGCAUUCACGCCAUGUUCAUACAACGGCAACUACGUUGGAGCGGCCAUUCGUGAGGAGGAAAGAUACACGUCCACUGAAACAAGGCUUCUAUGAUGAUGUUGCCAUGGGUACUCGUCGACAAGAAGGACAAAAAUAGAGCCACAAGGACACUCUGAAGAACUGGCUCAAGCGUUUGCAGAUCAACCCUGCGAUCCGGGAGUGCCUAACGCAGAACAGACCGACAUGUCGAAGAGAAGUAAAGACGAGCAAAGCUACCUACAAAGCAAAUCGGAUCGCCGCCGCCAAAGUCAAACAGGAGACUCGGACGUCACAAGUACCCCGCUUCCUCAAUGACAUCAGUUAGCAGCUUCCGACAUACCCGUGCUGCCACCGCGCAUUUCACACGCGAAUCGGCCUUGUAGGACACCUUCGGGCGCGAUGCGCUAACAGCCCGACAAUGUCUACUUCUUCUCCCACUUUCGCUCCUGCCUCAGACACUGCGAAGACGACCAUCCCAGUCACCGCCGAUUACACUGUCGCUGCCCCGCCGCCAUUGACCACCGAUAUCAUCCGCCCUGCCUAACCCCUGCGUCCACCAAAGCGACCAGCGCCGCCAACACCACUUCCGCCACCGGUGGGACAUUGUCCGACAUCCCAUCACCUGCCGCCAACACUGCCAGCAUCCCCACCUCCGGCAAUGUGGACUCGGUCGCAACCUGCCCUAAUUGCGACCGCGCAUUCACCUCACACAUCAUCCUGGUCGGUCAUUUGCCAAUCCACUGCACAGAGGCUGGCGAACCAGAGCCUGGAGCACCGGCCCACACUCACCAUAUCCGCCUCAACUGCCAUCACUGUUCCCGCACAGCCCUAUCGGGCCACAUGUGUAUUCAUGAUAACCCGCGGAAGAAAACCGCCGGCUAG